UAUAUAAUAUGGUGUGACUGCGUGGAUAUGAUAUGGUAUGGCACAAAGUCCAAGUCACAUAACAUCCUAUUACACAGAAUGUAUCCUGGACAUUAGCAAUGCAUGACUGUAUUUCUUCUAAUAAUCUAUCUGCUGCUUUCUCUCUCUCCUUCCUUCUAGAACUUCUAUUUGCUUAUGUUACUACACUUAGGCUUUGUUCAUUUUAUUUAAUUAUUUUCUGCCUAUUAGACUAGAUGAUCUCAAUUGACCUGUUUUCUUGUUCACUGAUUCCUCCUUCCUGCUCAAAUCUGCUUUUGAAAGCUUUUAGUUUUUAUUUCAAUUUUUGUACAUUUAUGCCUUUGAAUUUCUUUUCAUUGCUUUUUUAUAAUUUAUAUCUCCAUACUGAUAUUUACUAUUAGUGCGACGUAAUUUUCCAGUUUACUCUGUGUGUUGAUGUUUUCAAUUUACAAAAAGAUGGUUUCAUUUUCUCUACCUUCUAGAUUAGAGGGGAAAUUUAUAUCAAACUCUGGAGCUAGAAAUAUAGAUUGACCUUAUAUAAAUAUGUAUAUUCAGUAAUAUCUCUUGAAAGUUAGUGAUUAUUUUUAUACGUUUUCAUCUGUAGGUUUCCUGAGUGACCUGAUGGACAAACACAAUCUAACGGUGCUGAAUGAGUUUAUUCUAACGGGAAUCACAGAUCACCCUGAGCUGCGGGCUCCAUUAUUUGGAUUCUUCCUCAUUGUUUACAUGGUCUCAUUGAUGGGUAACCUGGGCUUGAUCAUCCUCACCAUGGUAGACUCUAGACUACAAACACCCAUGUACUUUUUCCUCAGACAUUUGGCUUUCACUGAUCUUGGUUAUUCAACAGCUGUUGGACCCAAAAUGCUAACAAAUUUUAUUGUAGGUCAACAUACAAUUUCCUAUAAUUGGUGUGCUACACAGCUAGCUUUCUUUUGUAUAUUUAUAGUGAGUGAAAUUUUCGUUCUUUCAACAAUGGCUUAUGACCGCUAUGUGGCCAUCUGUAACCCUCUGCUUUACGCAGUCAUCAUGUCACCAAGAGUAUGCCAGGUGCUGGUGGUCAUACCUUAUGUCUACAGUGUCCUUUUGUCUCUUCUGAUGACCAUAAAAAUUUUUAUUUCAGCAUUUUGUGGCUUUAAUGUCAUCAGACAUUUCUACUGUGAUAGUCUGCCCUUGAUAUCUUUGAUCUGUUCAAGCACAUAUGAUAUUAAAUUGAUAAUACUGGCUUUUUCAGGAUUCAAUUUAGUUUUAUCUCUUCUGAUAAUCCUUGUGUCUUACAUGAUGAUCCUUGUGGCCAUCCUCAAGAUGAACUCUGUAGAGGGUAGGCUCAAGGCUUUCUCUACCUGUGGAUCUCACUUGACAGUGGUAGUUGUAUUCUAUGGAACUCUAUUCUUUAUGUAUGUGCAUCCCAAAUCCAGCCAUUCCUUGGAUACCAAUAAAAUGGCCUCUGUCUUUUACACUCUGGUUAUACCUAUGUUAAAUCCCAUCAUCUAUAGUUUGAGGAACAAAGAGGUAAAAAAUGCUGUAGAUAGAACCUGGAAAGAGUGUUCAAAUAUUCUACUUAAAAUUAACUGUAGGGUAUAGUAACAAUAAAUUAUGUAAUAGGCAAUAUAUACUACAUCAGACCUUCUUUUUGCCUUGUACUGUUUGUCUCCAAGGCAAGUAAAAAAUCAAUUAGUGAUAAGUAUAGAAAUGAUUUUUUUCCCUUAUUUUACAGCUAGAUUUUAUUACUUAGAGAUAUCUAACUCCUGCUUAUACUUCAGAUGUCACCUUAUAUUUGGGUUUAAGUUUAGAUUGUGUACAUCCCCAUAUGCUUGUUCACAUGAUUCUUUCACUGAACAUGUAUCUUUAGGACACGGGGGACUCUGUAUAUUCUACUCACUAUUUUAAUCCAUUGUACUUAGCACAGUAAAAGGCCCCAUCAGAAAAAGAUGACUGGUGAAUAUUAUGUUAAUGGGCUCGUUAUAUUUAAUAAAGAAAUAUUUAAAUUGAACAUUUAAUAUCUCUGACUGCAUAAGGCCUACAUUCCUAUAGGAGAAUGAAGAAAGUAGACAUAAUGAAGAAGUAAGUUUUAUCAUGUGAUAGAAGGUAUUAAGUAAUAUGAAAAUGAAUUAGGACAGUAGGCAGCAAAGGGAUUAAAAUUUAAUGAAGGUUUUCAAGAAAACUCUAUGAGGAGAUGACAUUUAAUGAAACACUUGAGAAGUUGAGUGAUUUGAGCUAUGUGGUUAUCUAUGGGAAGACUGUCCCAAGGCUUUUACAUUGAAAAUGAGAAAACAUCAUUAAAUAAAUUAAAGACCUAAAUAAAUGAAUGAUAAGGCAUGUUUAUGAGAUAGAAGACUCAAUAUUGUCAAACCCAUAACCCAUUGCUGUCGAGUCGAUUCCAACUCAUAAGAUGUCAAAUUUCUCCAGUGUAUUUGUAGAUUCAAUGCAAUCACAUGAAAAUUCAUCUGGCAUUUUUUUUCCAUAAAUUGACAAACUAAAAUCCUUAACUGAGUUCAAAGAACCUAGAAUAGCUGAAUUAACCUUGAAAAAGGAUACCAAAGUUAGAAGACAAACAAUAACUGAUUUCAAGACCUUAUAAACUAUCGUAGUGAAGACAGAGUGUUAUUGGCAUAAAAAUUACCAAAUAGGCCAAUGAAACAGUAUCAAAAGUCCAAAUAUAGACCCAAGGAUAAGAAAACAGCAAUCUUUUUACAAAGGUGCAAAGAUUAUUCAGUGGUGAAAGGAGAGCCUUUCAACACAUGGUGGUAGAACAAUUAUAUAUUAUAUACAAAUUAAUAAAUGUUGAUCUAUAACUCAUGGGAGGGUCAGGAAAGAGGGAUCUAAUGGGGGCAUUAGAAAACUUUUAGGGUAAUAGAUUCAUUAUCUUUAAUGCUGUAAUAGUUUCUGAAGUGCAUACAUAUGUUAAAACUUAUCAAAUGGUACACUUUAAAUAUGUGGAGUUUAUAAUUGCCCAUUAUAACUCAAUAGUGUUGAUAGGAAGAUUCCCAUUUGCGCCAAGAUAUCAAACCCAACGAUCAAAAGCAAGAGUAAAAUGCAGAGGUAAAAAUCAACUCACAGAAAACACGUAUAUAAAUUAUGAGCCAUUCUUUGUACAACACAAACAGGAAAUGGAAAAGGCAAUAGUAUAAGAGUUGAAAGCUAUAUUUCAUACAAUUAAUGCCCAAUAAUAAUGUCCGCUAACUGGCUGCUAAACA